AGAAAAAUCCUAUUGGCAUCCAGGAGGCAGGGAGCCAGCCCCUGGGCGCGGCCUGCAGGGGGCAGGCGAUCGCCUGGGGAAGCGGGGGCAGGACGAGCCCUGAGAGCCAGCAGCACCCGCUCCGCAGCCGCAGGGACCGCUCUGCGCCCGCCUGGUGCGCCCUCCUUGGCCAGUGAACUCGCGCUGCCCCGCUGCUGCCAUGUGUGCGGCUCGGACGCCGCAGCUGGCGCUCAUCUUCCGAGGGACUUUCGUCCACUCCACCUGGACCUGCCCCAUGGAGGUGCUUCGCGAUCACCUCCUCGGCGUGAGCGACAGCGGCAAAAUAGUGUUCCUAGAAGAAUCAUCUCAGCAAGAAAAACUGGCCAAAGAAUGGUGCUUCAAACCAUGUGAGAUCAGAGAGCUGAGCCACCAUGAGUUCUUCAUGCCAGGCCUUGUUGAUGCACACAUCCAUGCCCCUCAGUAUGCCUUUGCUGGAAGCAACGUUGACCUGCCACUUUUGGAGUGGCUAAACAAGUAUACAUAUCCUACCGAACUAAGAUUCCAGAGCACCGAUGUGGCCGAAGAAGUCUACACUAGAGUUGUCAGGAGAACACUAAAGAACGGCACCACCACGGCUUGCUACUUUGGAACAAUUCACACUGACUCAUCCCUGCUCCUUGCGGAAAUUACAGAUAAAUUUGGCCAGCGAGCAUUUGUGGGCAAAGUAUGCAUGGAUUUGAAUGACACUGUUCCAGAAUACAAGGAGACCACCGAGGAGUCAGUCAAGGAGACAGAGAGAUUUGUGUCAGAAAUGCUCAAAAAGAAUUAUCCAAGGGUGAAACCCAUAGUGACCCCGCGCUUUUCCCUUUCUUGCACGGAGACUCUGAUGAGUGAACUUGGCAACAUCGCCAAGACCCAUGAUCUGUAUAUCCAGAGCCACAUAAGUGAAAACCGUGAGGAAAUUGAAGCUGUGAAGAGUCUAUACCCUGGUUACAAAAAUUACACAGAUGUCUAUGAUAAAAACAAUCUUCUGACCAACAAGACAGUGAUGGCUCAUGGCUGCUACCUUUCUGAAGAAGAGCUUAACGUCUUCAGUGAACGAGGAGCAUCCGUUGCACAUUGUCCCAACUCUAAUCUGUCGCUGAGCAGUGGCUUACUGAACGUGCUUGAUGUCCUGAAGCAUAACGUGAAGAUAGGGCUUGGGACAGAUGUGGCUGGUGGUUACUCCUAUUCCAUGCUGGAUGCCAUCAGAAGAGCAGUGAUGGUUUCCAAUGUCCUCUUAAUUAAUAAGGUGAAUGAGAAAAGCCUCACCCUCAAAGAAGUCUUCAGACUAGCCACUCUUGGAGGAAGUCAAGCCCUGGGGCUCGAUAGUGAGAUUGGAAACUUUGAAGUCGGCAAAGAAUUUGAUGCCCUCUUGAUCAACCCCAGAGCAUCGGACUCUCCCAUUGAUCUGUUUUAUGGGGAUUUUGUUGGUGAUAUUUCUGACGCUGUUAUCCAGAAGUUCCUCUAUCUAGGAGACGAUCGAAAUAUUGAGGAGGUUUAUGUGGGUGGAAAGCAGGUUGUUCCAUUCUCCAGCUCAGUGUAAGGCUUUGGACAUCCAUGAAGCUCUCCUGGGAGAACAUGAUUCUGCAAUCUUCCUUGUGCCCAGGGACCAAUCAGAAAGUAUAUUUUAAAAAAAGUACCAUGUUCUUUGGAUGACUUCUGUUCCUGUGUCUCCUUCCAGUGCUCAUUUGGUAAAUUGUUCGAAGGGAGUACGCUGCUUCUCCACUGUGGUCCGAAAGCAUUCGUAAUUUCAUGACAGCGCCUCCCAUUGGGCUGUUUAGAUUUGUGUUAAGGUCACACAGAAGGCAGUAUUAACAGCUGGCAAUGUGCUUUUAAUAGUAAGGUAAAGCCUUUCCAUAUAGGGAAAUACAGGGUGAGGAGCUCUCCCUAUGUGGUUAGACACUCUGUGCUAAUGACUGAGAAAAUUUAAGAAACUACAGUAUGGACCAAUGAGCAGAUGUUUAUGAGAGGGAACAAGCUAGACAUUGAGAAGACAUUGGAAAAUCAUUGUUUGUGCUUGGAAAUUAAGUAUUGAGAACACUCUUAUAAAAAGAGAACUUACUGGAUUUAAAACAUGCUUCUAGAUUGAGCUUAUCUAUGGAAAUUUGCACUUUGUGAAAUUUGCAUUUCAGGGUGUGCUAUUGUUAUGCUUUCCCUUCUUGAGAUGAAUGUCAGAACCGGAAUGCCACAUGCUUUUCAAAUAUAGUUCUGUGCUUCAAAGUGUUUGACAGAAGUUGAAUAUUAAAGAUUUAAAGUCUCUUAGGGAUAGUAUUCACAUAGCCACAUGGCAUAAAUAGUUGUGUUUUUGUGUACUUCAAAGUCAUCUUGAUUCCUGGCUGUGAGGUGUUCAAGUUGCUUCUAUUUUAUUACAUGAGAAACAAGCCCUGUGUAUGUUGCUGCCCUGUAGACUGGAGAUUUCAUAAAUUGGGGAAGUAGUGUAUUCCCCAGAGCUGUUAACACUAUCAGGACAGGAUUCUUUGUAAUGCUGAAUCUACCCAACCCAAUGUGUCAACGUUGCUGUACAGUUCACCCUCCCCUCAAUGUGCUAGAACUUAAAAGCCAAGUGAAAGUCCCUUAAAGAAUUAAGGAUAAGACUCUGUAAGGUCUGUAUAUUGAAAGAACUCUGUUUUUCUAAUUUAUCAAAUUGUCAUUAUAAUUCUUUGAGAUUUUUCUGGCAUCAAAAUCUUAGAAUAAUGAAAAAGAUAUAGAAAUGCCAUUUAAUGUUUGUAUUUCUAGAACUUACCUGUACUAGACACCAACAAAUAUUAAGCAAAAGAGGACCCCUUAGCUUUUCUAGCUAAUAUAGUAUCCCUUCUCACACCAGAACUAAAACCAGGUCAUAACCAUGUGGCAGAGCCUUAGGAAAGAGUGGUGUGGUUUCUAUUUAAAUACUACAUUUUUCUCAAUUUAUUCCACCUACAAGCAAGCAAGGACCAGGAACAAGUUUUAUUAACAAACCAUUUCAUUCCUAGGGUUUAGAUGAGUUUCUAUUUUAUCUUAUAACAGAAAAAAAAACAUUAGGCAAUAGAGUUAGUUUUCAUGUCUAAGAAUACAUAGUUCCUCUGCUGUCCCGUAAACAUCAGUUUCACAGCCCAUGCUAACUCAGCAGUAACUUGUCCAGAUCUAUUUUCCUGGUAGAAGUACUUUUAGAUCUAGUUGUGUAUACAUUAAAUCUAAAGAUGAUACACAUUUUAGAUAUCUUACUUCAUUUUAUCUUUAAGAAAAAAAAGACAGAAUUUGUCUUGUGGGAUAUAAGUAAGUAAAUCCAACCUCUGGUUUUAGUCUGGAUGUCCAGUGUUUCUAGCACAUCAGAAAUAUCAAAAUGAUCUGCCAAAUCCCCUCCCAGAUUUCUCUCUGGGGCUGGCAAGUACUUUAGGCUGUGUCUUUUAACUCUUGCCAAAGGGACUUAGUUACAGGGUAUCUAACUGGAGUGAGGCAGCUGUGGAGCUUAGGUGUGUGUCGGGUAGACAUCUGCCAGCCACCAGCCACCUCCAGCCUUUGCAGACCCCAUACUCGUCCUCCUUAAGGGUAUGCAUUUUUGUGUUGAACAUCAGCUUUUAUUUAAAUGUAAGACCCCCACGCAGUAAUAUAAGUAAGUGUAAUACUGGAAGUGGGAAUAACAGUGGUCAUAUAACAUCAUCCAGUCGAGCAUUCAGAUUUGUCCUGAUAAUGUGUUGCCAGCCGAAUAGAUAAGGUGUUGAAGUGUUUACAUGUACUUUGAGUACUUUGAUCUCCCUGCAUCCCUUAUAACAUAUGUGUUUUAGUUCCCCAAGUGAAGUGUUCAUGAGUGUUACUUAUGCUUGUUUGAAUGUCCCACACAUGGGGCCAGAUGUCCUGCACUUUGAAAUGCUGCGUUCACCUAAUGUAGGUUGACUUUCCUGAUUAUUGAUAGGCACUGUUCCAAGCCUAUCCCAGUUGUCACUUUAUGUUUGAAUGGUUUGCUCUCUGUUGAAGAAAGGAAAAGAGAAACAAAGACAGGGGAAGAGAGGAAAGGGGUAGAGAGAGAAAGGGAGGAAGAAGAGAGGGAGGGGAAAAGGAAGGAAGAUUAAAACAUUAUCCUGCCUACUCCAUACCAUUUGAAUAGUUUCUUUAGAAUUUUUUGAUGGACUUCAUUAUAAAAGGUUAGAAAGCAUUAAAAGUAAUCAUGUGUGUUAUAUUUAUAAAAUAUUCUUGCAACCAAAACGCAAAAGUAGACUAAUCAAGUUGAAUUUGAUUUUCAAAAAAAAAAAAGAGGGGGAAGUUCAGGGGCAUUGAAAAUAAGAGAUUAGGACCCACAAGGUCAUGCUAAUCUACAGGGUCAGAGAGGCUGUAUUCCUCUAUUGUAUUAUCUUAGCUGGUUCUUUACUUGCACUGUCAAAGACUUCAUAAUCCCAGAGGGUAUACCAGGAGGGUACCUUUCUAAGUUAAUCUUGUGAACACUGAAUUUCUUUGCUUCUUUAGUGAAAACAUUUCAAGAUAAAUGAAAGGAAAUUUUAGAAAACCCCCUCUUCAUUGCUUAGCUGAUUUUGAGGUGUGCCCUCGAAUAUCUCUGAAAUCAUACAGAGGCAACAUGACUGCCAGAUCUGGCAAUGUGUUCUAAAUCUUCACUCUCUACCAGAUUAGUUCUAUUUUUAAGCUGUUUCACUUUGGAAACAGACAUAUGGAAAGCCUACAAGGCACGCUGGAAAGCACAUUGUAUCAAUUCAAUCAGUGUAUAUAUGUGGAAGAUACCCAGAACCGGAUGCUUCUGCAGCCUGGUGGACAUCUUCUACAGUUACUGUUGCUGGACUAUUCAAAUAUUUGAAAAGAGUUGUCUUAGUUGUUAACAGGUAGAAGGAGACAUGCAUCAUGGGCAACUACUUAAAAUAAAUCUUAAAUUACAGGGACUCUGUGAUAUUUAAAAAAAGACUGAAAAGAGAUGUUUGCAAUUUUUAAUCUAGCUGCUGUAGGUAUGACUUUGCACAGUACACUUUAUAAUGUCCUCAGAGAAAGCAUGAAAACAUUUCUAAAGGCGUGGGAAGAAGCAGACAGGGGAGAGGUCACUGAGAGAAAAACUCUUGAUAUUCGCUACCGUGCAUGUUUUCAAGUCUACCCCACCUUCUUGCGCAUCUCCAGCACUUAACAUGAGAGAUGGAGUGUUGAAGGGUUAGUUUGUAGACCUAGUCCAAAUUUAGUGAAAUGCAAAGCCAAGAAAGUCAAUGAGGAAAUUAAAUGUAAAUUCUGAGCAGGCAUUUAUCAGGUUACUUGAGCAACCAAUCAUUAUUAAUUUCUGUUAUUUGGCAGUGACUUCUCUGUCUAUUUCUUACCCAAAAAGCCCAUCAGAAGGCAUUCCUUACAUUAUUGUUAACCUCUUGAUUGCUGUUCUUAAGGAUAGAUACAUAUAUGUGUAUGUAGUCAAGGGGACAUCCUUCCCCUCAGUAUCUGUGAGAUUUGCUUAUUGUUAAUGUACUGAGUGAGCUCCUUUGUGCAUCAGGAAAAAAAAAAUAAAUAAGAUUUUGUGUUUCCA